ACAACGAUCUCACUAUUGAACACCUAAAUGUACCUAUUACACCUAUUCUUCUAAAAGAUACUAACACAAUGGAAGUUGACCCAGUUAAAGAAAGUUUGACCAACAAUCUUAACAAAGGAAAAAGUCUUGAAAUUAUUACUUCAACUUCAGAAACAACUACACUAAAACUAACUAUGAGUAUCGACAAGUCUUUUGACGCAUCAGAAAAUAUUUUAGAUACUUCGACCCUCAGUUUUGAAGCAUUUUCAACUCAAAUCAUCAAAUUUUUUUAA